GGGGUUUCCAACGAGAGAAGCGCGGGGUCGGGACACACAGAGAGAGGGGGGCCAUGGGCUCGGUGAGGAGCUCGCUGCCGCCUCUGGUCCCGGUGUUAGUGCUGCUGACCCUGGUACCGCACUCAGAACAAGGUGACCUAAUUGUGUCGAUGAAUUCAGGAAUUGUGAAAGCCACCGUAAAUAAAGAUGUUGUUCUGGAGUGCCGAGUUUCUGACUACAGAAGAGAAAUUGACCUUAAAAACAUGGGAGUCCAGUGGUUCUACCAAAAAUCAGGCUCUCUAGAUACACAGAAAAGAGAGGUUUAUCAAUUCAUUGCUGGCAAACAUAUACCAUACAGAAAAGGAGCCACAAUUAUUGAGGAUCAUUUGAAGAAAGGAAUAGCUUCCCUUUUUCUUCCAAAUGUGCAACUCUCUGAAGCGGGAGAUUACACUUGUGUUGUUUUUAUAACCCCAGACAAUGGAAGUGGAAAGUCAUCAAUGACUGUUUCAGCCCUGCCAAAGGUAAGCUUAUCUUCAACUGCAAUCACAAUUGAACAUGGUACGGAGAAAUCAGUGAAAUGUGACAGUGUUGAUUUUUAUCCUGUCUCAAUUGAGAUGGGCUGGAUACAGAAAACUAAAAACGAGGAACAAAUGCUUUCAAAACACAUCUGCACAGGAUCCCCAGUUCAACAUGAAAAUGGAACCUACAGCGUUUCCAGCCGACUGAGGUUGAGACCAACCCUUGAAGACAGUGGCAAUAUUUAUAUCUGCUAUGUAAAACACCCAUCACUUAAUAAGGAUUUAAAACUGGAAGCCCAACUGACUGUCAAAGAGCCAGAAGUUGUUGUACCAGUAGGGAUAAUAAAUGGAUGUGUAAUCUUUAGCAUAUUGGCGUGUACAGCAAUUGCAGUCAUUGGAUUUUUUGUGUAUCUGAAGUACCUUAAAAAAGUUCCUCCAAAAGUUUCUGCUAUCAGCCAACCUCCAAGAAUUAUACAUUUCCAAGAGGCUCUCAUGAAUUGUCAGAUUUCCGGAUAUAAACCUGAGAACAUUUCUAUUUGUUGGUUGCUACAAAGAAAAAAUAGUAGGGAAUCAAAUGUAAUUUAUUCAUGGAGCUCCACACCUCAGAGCUUACAGGAUUCUGGACCACAUGAGCAGAAGAAACUAAUUUCAGAACAUACAUCUCAAAUUGAAGAAGAUAAAUCCUUUAAUUUUAAGGUGCCGACUGUUAAACACAACAACGAUGGUAGCACCAGCAUGAAUUGUGAAGUUUUGUUCUGGCCUGAUAUAAAUACAGAUAAUCAAGCUAUCCUCCAGGUUCAAGUCCACCAUAGUGCUCUCAAAAUGCCUAUAAUUAAGAAGACUUGCCUGAAAGUUGAAGGAAUUGGACCAAGAAUGACUGAACCAGUGAUACCUCAAUGUAUUAUUCAUGAAGAAGUGCUUGCUGUGACCUGUCCAAUCAAUGGAUUUAAACCUAGACCGCUGGCUAUCACCUGGUACAAAGAAAAGAAUGCAAUUAGAAAAGAAAUUGGCAAACUUCAACCAGGAGAAACAGAGGUCUUUGAAAUAACAGAACCAGGGCAACACAAGUACACCCACAGUACAACUGAGCUGAAAUAUGAAGACCACACGCACACUGUUGCCAGUGUUUUGUAUUUUAUACCAACUAUUAAUGAAGAUCAUGAAGCAGCAUAUAUUUGUGAAGUAACACAUCCAGCCACAGACACACAAAUAAGUGAACGGAUUAAGCUAAAUUUAACAGCUAUCCCAAAAUGUGAUAAUAUAAAACUGUCACCAGAAAUUCCGAUUGUUGAUGAACGAACAAUGGCAUCUUGCAGAAUAUACUCAUUCUUUCCAAAAGGCAUUAAAGUUAUCUGGAAAAAGGGCGAUAUUGUAUCAAAGGAAAUGAAUGCUGAUACUGAAGCAAACUAUGGAAAGGAUGGCCUUUAUUAUUUCACAAAUCAUUUUGAAUUCAUUCCUUGUAGGGAAGAUUUGGGGAAGGCAUUAACUUGUGAAUUCCAGCAUGAAAGUAUCACCGGGUCCAGAAAAAUUGAACGUGUACUGAAUCAGUUAGUGUCUCCACCAUUAGUAAAAUACAUAAAAAGUGAACCAGAAUUCCCAGAGGCAGGAAAAGAAGCAACCAUCAUAUGUCAUGCAUAUGGCUUCUUUCCAAAGGAAACGUUGUUCAUGUGGUUUAGAAAUAAUGAGAGAACUGAUGACGCAGGAAUCACUUUUACUGAACCUCAGAAAGAUGAACAAACUGGCUUCUACUACAGUGAAAGCCGAUGGAAAUUGUUAAUUAAGCCAGAAUAUCACCAGAUGGAAUUCAAAGUUGAGGUUCUACAUUUCCCAACUUCUCACAAGCCUUCAAGAUCUAGUUUCAUCCUUCGUCUUGGAGGAAUUCCAGUAGUUUCUGACAUCGUUCCAGAGCCAGAAAUUCCAUCCUAUGGAAAACGUCUUGUUCUUAAAUGCCAUGUAAAAAAUUUUCCUGGAAAUGUAUCCUCUGCCAGAUGGCUAAUGAAUAACAAGUAUGUCUCUAGUGGAGUCACAACCACAGAGCCUCAGAAGGAAGAAAGUGGCUAUUACCAGUUAUUUUCCAGCAUGGAGUUAAUGCCAACAGCUUUGGAUUAUAAUAAGGAAGUUGUAUUCGAAGUGAUGCAUGAAGCUUCACCCAAUUCUAUUCAAAAGCAGCUGUGUUUGAAGCUUCCAGGUUCCCCUCCCACUCUGUCGGAAAUCAAAUGUAACCCAAUGAAACCAGAGAAAAACAAAGUGGCAACUUUCACCGUUUCACUGACUGAUUAUGCACCUCAAGAAGUUGAAAUUAGGUGGUUUAAAGGAAAGGAACACUUCACGGGUCAGGUGGCUCAUACUAAGCCUGAAGUUGCUGAAAAUGGUCUCUUCUCAUCUCUAACAAGUAUAAAAUUUACACCAGUAGAAUCUGAUAAUGGGAUAGGAAUCAGAUGUGAGGUUAUUCACCCAGAAACACAAGAAUUUAUGGAAAAAAAUAUGCGUCUGGCAUUCUAAGAUAAAUAUAAAGAUUUCUUGCAUCUAUUUUGAACACAAGAUAAAUAUAGAUGGUGCAAGUUUUAUUUUAAAUUGCUCCCACACAACUGGCAUUUAUCAUUCUGCUUUAAACACUUGUUUUGCAUAGCUGGUAAAUAUAAAACAAAAAAAUCCAGCUUGAAAUGAUGAAAUGCUUUGAAAUGUUCUGAGAAAGGGUCACCGGACCCGAAACGUUAACUCUGUUUUCUCCUCCACAGAUGCGGCCAGACCUGCUGAGCUUUUCCAGCAACUUUGUUUUUGUUCAAUGCUUUGAAGGGUUCAGAAUAGAGCUCCUUGACUUGAAAUGUUAACUGUUUCUCUCUCCACUAAUGUUGCCAGACAUAGUGAGCAUUUCUCACUCUUUUUAUUUCCGAUUUCUAGCAAUUUGAAGCAGUUUGAUUUUUGUUGACCUGUUUAGCCCAUUUGAAAAUUGCACUUUGGUCAUCUGGAGUUUCUAGUAGGAUUUCACUUGUUCAGUAAGCCAAUUAAGUCACUUAUGUUAUAGUGAGCAAUUAAAAUUGGGGUGGUAGGCUCAAUUAUGUUUAAAAAUAGCUGACUUUGAUGACAUUAAUUUCAGUUAUUUACACUUCUUAUCUCUUUACCCUCUGAGUUAGGGCAGGACUUUGAGUUGACCCACUGUCCAGUUGAUUCAUACUGGUAACUCCAGGUGGACAGAACUAGAUGAGAAUUAUUCCUAGCUGCAGUGUUGUUCACAGAAAUGGGUGGAAAAAUAGUGGGGAGAAAUUUCAUUCAGAAAACCAUCAUAAUCAAUGGAUUGUCUCAAGAGCAAAAGCUAAACAGAUUGGGGUUCUAAUCAUUGAAGUUUAAAAAAAUGAGAGGUGAUCUCAUUAGAACAUAGGAUUUUAAGGAACUCAACAGGUUAAAUGCUGAGAAGAUGUUUCCCCAAAUGGGAGAAUCUAAGCCUCAGAAUAAACAGAUGCCAAUUUAAGACUCAGAUCAGCAGGAGUUUCUUCUGAUGGUUGAGUCUUUAGAACUCCUUGCCAAGGAAAGCUAUGGGAAGCAGAGUUCUUGUCUGUUUUUAAGUUCCGAUAGAUACUUGAUUGGUGGUGGUGGUUGUGGGGAGUGGGUGGUGGAGGAAUGAACGAUAAUGGGGGAAAAGGCAGGAAAGUGGGCAUGACGAAUGUCAGACCAGCCACGAUCCUAUUGAAUGGUGGAGCAGAUUUAAGGGGCUGAAUGGCCUACUCCUGUUCCCUUUUGUUAUGGUCUUAUAGAAAUAUCAAUUUGCUGUAAAGCAAAAUAAAACUUCUUAAAUCCAGGGAGACAUGAAACUGAGGUCCCAUCUGGCCUUUCAGCUGGAUAUAAAAAAUCCCAUGGCAAUAUUUCAAAGGAGGGCAUUCCCUAGUUUCCUGGUGAAUAUUUAUUCUUCAAUUAGCAUCACAAUAACAUGUCAACUGGUCAUUGUGACAUUUCUGUUUGUGGGAUCUUUAUUUUUUGUUAUGUAACAUCGCCAUCACAUUAAAUCAUUGGACAUGAAGUUUGAAAUUUCCAGUGGACACAACAAGGCACAAUAUAAAGACAAGUUAUUUAAUAAUAAGUGGAAGUGAAACCUUCUCUCAGUCACAACUUAGGAGGAGUUUUAUGGUUUAAACUUGAGACCCCGUUAAACAUUUCAGAAAGAUGGAGAGUGUUAAGGUGUUCUUUGAAUUUUAGCCAAUUCUGGAUGACUGAAUUUGAUGUGCACUUCACUGAGAAAAUGCACCAGCAGUUUUAAAUGUGUAAUUCAUUUCAGUUCUCCAAUUGUAUGUGAGAUUUCAUCACAUUUUGUUAUAUUUCAAGACUGACUUUAGAUAUGGAAUUCUCUGUUUUGUUCUGAUUUUUGAAAUACACUUCUUCCUAUUGCAACCUCAGACUAGAUUAAACAGGUUGAUUGACGCAACAUUUUUUUUUCUAAAAAAACAUUCAGUUACAUAAGAAUUGUUUUGCAGUCCAGCAAACACAAGAUUUAUCAAUUUGUUCACUGAACUACAAAGUAGCCAAACUGUUAGAGACCAGAAAACUGCAGAUGCUGGAAUCCAAGGUAGACAAACAGGGGACUGGAAGAACACAGCACGCCAGGCAGCAUCUGGAGGAAAGGAGCAGUCAAUGUUUCAAACCCUUGGUCACUACUAGAAAAACCCUGAACCUCACCCCAGAAAUUUCCUCAAAUUUGUUAUCAUAAAGAAAUUAUUAUUUAUUGUAAUGCUGUCAUUUGAAGAGUUAGUAUAGAUGGAUACUGUUUUUUAAUUAACUAUUGAGAAAAGAAGGUACGCUUUGCUACUGGUAUUAAUUACGGCUUUAAAGCUCUGCCUUUUGAAUUGGAAAAUUUGUUAAUAGGAUAAAUUUUAAUGAAGAAAACAGUGCAUUGUUGCUUCAAAGUAGAAGCAAAUUACUGCUGUAUGGCUGACUGUGAUUUGCAGCAUUUUCAGUGCAUUGUUCCUUUUGCAUAAUAUGAUUAAAUUUCCUAGACCUGAGCCCGAAAAAUGAUACAACUCCAGUGGACUUGAGCUGUAAAUUACUUCACCAGUUCUAUGGUUAGCCCACCAUUUGGUAUUUUCUUCCAGGAGAUGUCAAAUGCAAAGGUGAGUAUAUCAAAACCAUUCGAUAAGGUUCCACAUGGUAGGCUCAUUCAGAAAGUAAGGAGGCAUGGGAUUCAGGGAAAUUUGGCUGUCUGGAUACAAAACUGCUGUCCAAUAGAAGACAAAAGGUGGUAGUAGAUGGAAAGUAUUCAGCCUGGAGCUCGGUGACCAAUGGUGUUCCGCAGGGAUCUGUUCUGGGACCUCUGCUUUUUGUGAUUUUUAUAAAUGACUUGGAUGAAGAAGGGUGGGUUAGUAAGUUUGCCAAUGACACGAAGGUUGGUGGAGUUGUGGACAGGGUGGAGGGCUGUUGUAGGUUGCAACGGGACAUUGACAGGAUGCAGAGCUGGGCAAAGAAGUGGCAGAUGGCAUUCAAUCCAGAAAAGUGUGAAGUGAUUCAUUUUGGAAGGCCGAAUUUGAAUGCAGAAUACAGGGUUAAGGGCAGGAUUCAUGGCAGUGUGGAGGAACAGAGGGAUCUUGGGAUCCACGUCCAUAGAUCCCUCAAAGUUGCUACCCACGUUGAUAGGGUUGUAAAAAGGGCGUACGGUGUGUUGGCUUUCAUUGGCAGGGGAAUUGAGUUUAAGAGCCGUGAGGUUAUGAUGCAGCUCUAUAAAACUCUGGUUAGACUACACAUGGAAUAUUGUGUUCAGUUCUGGUCACCUCAUUAUAGGAAAAAUGUGGAAGCUUUAGAGAGGGUGCAGAGGAGAUUUACCAGGAUGCUGCCUGGACUGGAGGGCACGUCUUAUGAGGAAAGAUUGAGGGAGCUAGGGCUUUUUUCAUUGGAGCGAAGAAGGAUGAGAGGUGACUUGAUAGAGGUUUACAAGAUGAUGAGAGGCAUAGAUCGAGUGGAUAGUCAGAGACUUUUUCCCAUGGCGGAAAUGACUGUUGCGCGGGGGCAUAAUUUUAAGGUGAUUGGAGGAAGGUAUAGGGGAGAUAUCAGAGGUACGUUCUUCACACAGAGUGGUGGGGGUAUAGAAUGCAUGCCGGCAGUGGUAGUGGAUUCAGAUACUUUAGAGACUUUUAAGCGACUCUUGGAUAGGCACAUGGAUGAUAGUAAAAUGUAGGAUAUGAAGGGUAGAUUGAUCUUAGUAGGAUAAUAGGUUGGCACAACAUAGUGGGCCGAAGGGCCUGUACUGUUCUAUGUUCUAUGUUCUAUAUACCAUGAAAAUGCAUCACCUGAUAUAAUUACCAUAUUGUUCCUAAGGCAACAUAAAGUCCAUGUAAGUGACAGAUUUUUAAAUGACUUCAAUGGAAGUCCUCAAUUUGUAGGAAAACCAACUUUGAGUAGAAUUGUUGGAUAAUUAGUGGCUAUCUGCAGGCAGGCUCUGUCCUGCACUAGGUGACUGCCAAGUACAAUUAGAGGUCUUUGCUCAACAUCUUUAAAAGUAGUUUGCAAAUUAACAGAGCUCUGGAAGAUGACAUCAUGGUGAGUUCGACCAUGCUGAGAAUGCAGCCCAGUUCACAGAAGCCCUACAGCAUGAAAGCAGGUUAUUUGGCCCAUCAACCCUCUGAAGAGCAUCCUACCCAGACCCCACUCCCCUACCCCAUACCUGUCACCCUGUAUUUCCCAUGGCUAAUUUACCUGGCCUGCCCACCAUGGACAAUUUAGCAUGGCCAAUCCACCUACUCUGCACAUCUUUGGGAGGAAACCAGAGCACCCAGAGGAAAUCCACGCGGACAUGGGGAGAAUGUACAAACAGACAGUCAUCCGAGGCUGGAAUCAAACCUGAGUCCCUAGUGCUGUGAGGCAACAAUGCUAACUACUGAGCCACCACGCUGCUCUCAAUAGAAUAGCCAGACCAUGUUAUUGCACAUGUUAAAUUUUGUUAAAUACACAGCUACAUGAAUCUUAGUUUCUCAUGUAUUUGAUCAUGUCUUUGUUGCUAGUUUUAAGACUCCAAUCUAAUCAGUGGUGAAUUGCUUUUAAUAAUCAUUUAGAUUUUUCUUUAACGUACCUUACUUGAGUCACUUGAUAAAAUUAUAGAGAAAUCUAACAAAUUUUCAGACUAACCGCAAAAGCUAAUUGGAGACAUAAUUAAAUAUUUCCCAUAGCUUCCAAGGUAUUGGGACUUGAAGCAAAAACAGAAAUUGCUGGAGAAAAUCAAGUCCGGCAGCAUCUGUGGAGAGAAAGAGUUAAUGGUUUUGAGUCCAGUGACCCUUCAGAAGGGACUUGAUGUUGGCUUAUGCUAUAUCUUGUAGUAACCACAAGGUGUUCGCUGUGGUCCAAUCUUAAAAAUUAUGAUCACAAAAGCCGGUACAGUGACAGUUAUUUUUAAACUUCUUUCCUUCCCUAUGGUUUGCUUUUUUUUUUAAACUGUGAAAACUUUAUAUUUUUGUAUCUCUGGCAAUGGAAUCCAUCUUUUCCCAGUGAAUGUGUGUCAGAAAGUACUCUGCCUUAAUUUUUUUUAAAUGAUUCUCUCUUGAAUAGUGAAACCUGGAUAAUCUAUCUCCUGAGAUUUUUACCUGUAAGUAAUCGUAAAAUGUUUUGUUGUAGCCAGCCAAAAAAUACAUUAGCAACAUUAACUGUUUCCCUUGUCAUGCUUACAAACUGACAAAUUGUUUGUUUCGACUAUAUAUGGAUGUUAGUCGAUACAAAAUUAUACUGUUUGUCUUUUUUGUAUUACAAUUUGUAAUUAAAUGUAUCCUAAUGAGAAAAUGUAAAUGUUCAAAUGGUAUGAUCUAUAA